AAAUUAAACACCCUCUUCAGCCUCCCACACUUCGUUUACAAACUUUACAUUUUGCUUUCUUCUUUGUUUUUUCUUGGCUAAUUUUCUUUUCUUGCUGUGGAAAAAAGAGGGGGAAAAAAAACAUGUACGGAGAGAUUGGCUUAGAAGACUCUGACUUGUCUCUCCUAGACUCCAUCUAUCAACAACUUCUUCAUGAUUCCGAAGUCCCUUUGCCUGAUCAACAUGUUCCAGUUCCCACCUUCAACGGCCUUCUCUUGCCUGCCAAUUGCUCUUUUCCCGACGCAGCCGCCGAUACCGUAUCGGUUUUCGAUUUCGGAUGGUUUCCCACAACUGAUCAAGUCGUACUUUCCGAGGGGAUGGUGGCUGAUGGUAAUACUAUCCAAACGGAGCCGUUUCACGAGAAGGCUGGUAGUGGUGCCCAAUUCAAGGCGGCGCGUGGGUCUCACGCUUCUAGGAUUGGUGAGAGGCACUACAGGGGUGUGAGGAGGAGGCCGUGGGGGAAGUACGCGGCGGAAAUAAGAGACCCUGCGAAGAACGGCUCCAGGCAAUGGCUCGGAACUUACGAGAGAGCCGAGGACGCCGCGCUGGCUUACGAUCGGGCCGCUUUCGAGAUGCGCGGCUGCAAAACCAAACUCAAUUUCCCUCACUUGAUCGGCUCAUCGAAUAUCGCCGAGCCAGUUAGAGUUACCCACAAGCGCCGCUCGCUUGAUCACCCGGCUUUGUCGUCGACGUCGACGUCAUUCGAUAGCGGCUCUGGGAUACCAAAGCAGCUGAGAUUGGGUUAGUGAAGGUCCAUGUGAACGAGGUGCACGUUCACUAAGACCAAUCCUAUAACUCAAUCCCGACCCUCACAACAAGUAAAAUAUAUCGCUCAAUUUGAUCGGACUAUUUUAAUUUUAGUUCAAUAAGUUUAUUUAAGUUAUGUUCAAUUUGAUUGGAUUAAACUUAAAAUAAUCCAAGAAUAUCCAAUCGAUCUCGAAGCAACAAUCAGGCUUUAUGUUUUAGGAAAAAAGAAAAAAGAUUACAGUAAAAAUCAUAUGUGUAGAACUUCCUCUAUGUAAUCAAAGGCAUGUUUUCUUCUCUGUAAUUGCAAAUGGAAGAAACUUCCUUCUUUUUUAUU